CAAGUUCAAAGGCCGUUUAUUAUGACUAAAUGACCUCAAAUUCAGAAUUUAAUUGUUCAUUUAGCAUUAUUUUAAAGUUAAAUCUUACGACUUGAUAGAUAAAACAGACUUAAUGGGUCACCAGCUCUUUCACGGCACAGUGAUCCAUUCACGAGGACCAGCGGAACUCAUCAUACUUGAGAGCGCCUUGCUUAUCGUCGACGCUAACGGUAAGAUCACCAACCUUAUUGAGGAUAUCUCUAGAGAUAAAGUGUCCGUGCUAUUGUCAGCGUUGGAAAUCCCCACUUCCCCGGAGAACGUGCGCUAUCUACCCCGCGGCCAAUUCAUAAUCCCGGGUUUCGUCGAUACGCACAACCACGCGCCGCAAUGGGCACAACGGGGGCUCGGUCAGAGCAUGCAUAUCUUGGAUUGGCUUGAGAAAGUCACGUUCCCGAAUGAGGCGCGCUUCCGUGACCCGGAGUAUGCGCGCCGGGUCUACACCAGCUGUGUCGAUGGCUUCUUAAAGCAGGGCAUCACGACGGCGUCGUACUACGGCUCGCUUCACGCGGAGGCGACCAACAUCCUUGCGGACAUUUGUCUUGCGAAGGGUCAGCGCGCGCUUGUUGGGAAGUGCAACAUGAACCGCAACGCCCCGGACUACUAUCGCGACGCGAGCGUGGAGAGCUCCCUCAAAGACACCGAGGCGUGUAUCGAGCACAUCCGACGCAUCGAUCCGGAGAGUAAACUCCUGAAACACGUGCUGACACCCCGCUUCGCCAUCUCUUGCGAUCCAGAAUUGCUAGACGGCCUAGGCAAGAUCGCGGCGGCGAAUCAGGACUUGCCGAUUCAGACGCACUUCAACGAGGCCGAGCAGGAGAUGAAUUUCUUGCAGGAGCUAUUCCCGCAGUUUAAAGGGAGCGAGGCGGACUUGUACGAACAUUAUGGCUUGCUGAACGAGCGCUCGAUCCUCGCUCAUUGCUGCCAUAUGACCGAGUAUGAGAUGGGUCGCCUAAAGGAGCUCGACUGUGGCGUCGCGCACUGUCCUGUCUCUAAUAUGACGGUUGGUGGUGGUUUUAUGGCGGCACCUGUGCGGGACUUCUUGCGGCGGGAUAUCAAAGUCGGUCUUGGGACCGAUAGUGGCGGAGGUUUCUCAAGUAGCAUUUUAGAUGCUAUGAGGCAGGCACUUGUGGCGUCGAAUGCGCGGGAGGUGAUGAGUCAGGGUAAGGAUAAGGGAUUGGAUAUUGGGGAGCUGUUUUACCUGGCCACACUUGGAGGAGCUAAAGUAUGCGGAUUGGAUACUAAGGUCGGUAAUUUCGAGGUUGGUAAAGAGUUCGAUGGCUUGAUUAUUAAUGCUGAUGGCUUGGGGGUCAUGACGAUGUUGGAACACGAAGAUUCUACGAGGACGAUCUUUGAUAAGUUCGUUAUGACGGGCGACGACCGGAAUAUUAAAGAGGUUUACGUAUGUGGAAGUCAGGUCUGGGCCUAGGAUAAGAAUAUGCGCCUAAGUUUACUAAAAUUUAUGGCCUAGAGGCCUAAGCAGCAAUCUGAAUUUAGAGGUACUAGCAGGCUUAUCCCACUAUAAUUUCGCACCUGGAACAUCCCACGGUACCUAAAUUUUGGACCAAUUCAUCUAUAAGUUUCGGUUUAAAAAAACGAUGCUUAUCACUGCCCAUAGUGGCUUACUUCUUAUUUUAUAG